CUCCAUUAUCGAGGUUCUGUCCCUACAGUUCCGGUUACAGAAUGUCAAAUGAACCGACGGGACGGUAUACAAGGAAAUCCCCACUUGAACUAACACAAAGAUAGGUAAGUAAUUUAACCCAAAACAGAGUAGCGCAGGCUUGGCAACUUCCUCGAUAACUGCAGGUGCAAUUGACCGUCUCUACCUACACGGUACUCUGUACUCGCGAAACAAAUCACCAAAACACAUGCAUUCACGCAACUCUCAUCUGACGAUUCUAGCUUGAAUGUAGCUCUCGCUCCUGUUGCUCCUUCAUCCCCAUAUGGCACUCGCGUCUUCCUUUAAAUCUCCACGUGCGGUCUUCUCGGCGGCAGUACUCCUCCGAGUGGUACUUCUCGUAUACGGUCUCUUCCAAGAUGCAUACUCCCCCAUGAAAUAUACCGACAUAGACUACUUUGUCUUUACCGACGCAGCACGUUUCAUAUCACAAGGGAAAUCGCCCUACGCCAGAGACACAUACCGCUACACCCCCCUUUUAGCAUGGCUGAUCUAUCCUACGACUUGGCCUGGCCAGAUGUGGUUUUCUUUCGGUAAAAUCCUAUUCGCAGUCGGAGAUAUUGUUGCUGGCUGGAUGAUGUUUCGCAUUCUUCGCUCCUAUCAGAAGAUGCCUCAAGAGAGAGCACUCAAGUUCGCUAGCAUAUGGCUGCUAAAUCCGAUGGUGGCUACCAUCAGUACAAGAGGGAGCUCUGAAGGCUUGUUAGGAGUUAUUGUCAUUGCCUUGCUAUGGGCGGUGCUGGCAAGACGCAUCGUUGUUGCCGGUUUCCUUUUGGGCUUGGCUGUGCAUUUCAAGAUCUAUCCAUUUAUAUACGCUGCAUCUAUUGUGUGGUGGCUUGAUGAAGGACACAGCUCUGGGAAGAAGAAGAGGAGUGGAGUCGCUGAGAAAGCAUCGAUCAUCUCCCACAUCACGCGUUUCGUUACUCGAGAAAGACUAUUGCUAGCCACAACCAGCAUCAUCACAUUUACCGCAUUCAAUGUGGUAAUGUACUUAACAUACGGCUACCCUUUCCUUGAACACAGCUACUUCUACCACCUCAUCCGCAUCGACCACCGUCACAACUUCUCCCCCUACAACACACUCCUCUACCUCAAUUCCUCUCCAACAACCACGUCCUCCUCCUUCGAGCUGGAGCGUCUUGCUUUCCUUCCUCAACUCCUGCUGAGCGUCAUUUUGAUCCCAAUCGCGCUGGCUAAGAAAGAUCUGCCAUCGACCAUGUUGGCGCAAACGUUUGCCUUCGUCACCUUCAACAAAGUGUGCACAAGCCAGUACUUCCUCUGGUAUCUAAUCUUCCUCCCUUUCUACCUCCCGCAUUCAACCCUCCUCCACUCGCGGCCCAUCGGCCUCACAGCCCUCACUCUUUGGGUCCUCGGUCAAUUUUUCUGGCUUCAGCAAGGCUACCAGCUCGAAUUUCUGGGCCGCUCGACGUUUGUGCCCGGGCUGUGGAUGGCGAGUUUGGCGUUUUUCGUCGUGAAUGCGGGGAUUUUGGGGGUUGUGGUGCGGGAUGUUAAAGGGAUGGGUGAGGCCGGGCAGGACGCGAAGGUCGAGAAGAAGAGAUGAUGAAAAUGUCUGGGUGUUCAAACAUUCUUGGAUGUAAGGACUCAUUACACCAACGAAUGGAGAGAUCACGCAUCAAGGCUUAGUUGAGGGAGAAAAACAACUGUACUAUAUUUAUACUAGGCCUACGCUUCAGGGCAUCCCAGGACUCCGUGAGCAUCCUUGGAGUAGAACCUCAAUGCAGGUCUAUAUGCGACACAUGUAAUUCACAG